GCUUCAGAGUGUGUAUGUGUGUGUGUGUGUGUGUGAGUGAGUGUAUGUGGAGAGAGACAGAGCCUGAACACAGCAGCUGCUGCUAUGGACUGGAUAUGAAAGUAUGAUCAUGGCGUGGAGUAGAAGACCACCACACUCCACGGGACUGCUGCUGCCGCUCCUGCUGUGCUGUUCACUCUUUCACCAAGUCAGCACCCAGGUCUCAGUCAACGAGAUCUCAGGAUUCAGCCUCAGCCCACCUUACUUUAACCUGGCGGAGGGGUCCAGCGUCUCAGCCACUGCCACCUGUGGAGAAGACCACCUGUCCAGACCCAGGUCAGACCUGUACUGCAAACUGGUGGGAGGACCCGCUAUAGGAGUACCCAGUCAAACUAUCCAGGGCCAGUUCUGUGACUACUGCAAUGCCAACGACCCCGAUAAAGCUCACCCAGUGACCAACGCCAUCGAUGGCACCGAGCGCUGGUGGCAGAGCCCUCCUCUCUCCAGAGGACUGAACUACAAUGAAGUGAACGUCACUCUGGAUUUGGGCCAGCUUUUCCAUGUGGCUUAUGUCAUUGUGAAAUUCGCCAACUCACCACGCCCUGAUCUGUGGGUUCUGGAGCGCUCUGUAGACAAUGGCAGGACCUUCACGCCCUGGCAGUACUUCGCACAUUUAAAACGGGAUUGUAUUGAAAGGUUUGGUAAGCAGCCCAAUGCCCGAGUCCGACAAGAUAAUGAUCAGAUCUGUACCACUGAGUACUCCAAGAUCGUUCCUCUGGAGAAUGGAGAGAUUGUUGUGUCUCUUGUAAACGGCCGUCCAGGAUCCAAGAAUUUCACCUACUCGCCAGUUCUGCAGGAGUUCACCAAGGCCACCAAUAUUCGCCUGCACUUUUUACGGACUAACACCCUCCUCGGGCACCUCAUCUCCAAGGCUCAGCGUGAUCCCACUGUAACCCGCAGGUACUACUACAGCAUCAAAGACAUCAGUGUUGGGGGUCGGUGUGUGUGCCACGGUCAUGCUCAGGUGUGUGGAGUGCGAGUCCCUGGCAGGCCCAAACAACUUCUCUGCGAGUGUGAGCACAACACUUGUGGGGAGUCAUGUGACCGCUGUUGUCCAGGAUUCCACCAGAAGCAGUGGCGUCCAGCGACUGCCAACAGUCCCAACGAGUGUGAACCCUGCCAGUGUCACUCUCACUCUGCUGAGUGUCGUUACGAUGCUGAGGUGGAGCGCAGAGGAGCAAGUUUGAACAUACAUGGCCGGUAUGACGGUGGAGGAGUGUGUAUUAACUGUCGGCACAACACAGCUGGAGUCAACUGUGAGCUGUGUGCUGAGGGCUACUAUAGACCCUACGGGGUUCCCCGAGAGUCGCCCACAGGCUGCAUAUCCUGCAGGUGUGACCCCCGAACUACGAUGGGCUGUGAGAUGGGAACGGGACGCUGUCUGUGUAAACCUCAAUACAGCGGCAGCAACUGUGAGCGCUGUGCCAGUGGAUACUACGGCUACCCACAAUGCAUCCCUUAUCCCGUCAUCGUGACCACCACAAAGUCUCCAGCUGGAAAUAUUUAUGACCGAAAUUGUCCGGUGGGAUAUUUCGGGGCACCCAGAUGUCAGCCGUGUGAUUGUGAGCAGAGGGGCUCAGUUCCAGAGGUCUGCACUGCUUCUGGCCGCUGUUUAUGUCGUCCGGGAGUUACAGGCGAGAGGUGUGACCGCUGUCUUUCAGGCUACCUCUACUUCCCUAACUGCCGGGAGUGCCGCUGUGAUGGUCCAGGAGUAGCUGAUCAGUCAUGUGGUCUGAAUGGUCAGUGUCGUUGUCGUGCUCACUUCGCUGGACUGAGGUGUGAUCAGUGUGCUGAAGGAUAUUACGGAUACCCGGUCUGCAGACCGUGUCAGUGCUCACGUGAAGGCUCUCUUGGAGAGAGGUGUGAUCAGGAGUCCGGUCAGUGUGACUGUAGAGAUGGAGUGACUGGACCGAGGUGUGAAUGCUGUAUUUCAGGAGAUCAGAGGUUCCCUUAUUGCUCUGAUGAGUGCCGCUGUGAUGGUCCAGGAGUGGCUGACCCUUCAUGUGGUCCGAAUGGUCAGUGUCGUUGUCGUUCCAACUUUGCUGGAUUGCGGUGUGAGCAGUGUGCUGCAGGAUAUUAUGGAUACCCAGUAUGCAGACCGUGUCAGUGUUCACUUGAAGGCUCGAGAGAAGAGAUAUGUGAUCAGAGGACGGGUCAGUGUGUGUGUAGGCCUGGAGUGAGGGGACAGAGGUGUGAGCGCUGCUCUGCAGAAGAUCAGAGGUUCCCCUAUUGCUCUGAGUGCCGCUGUGAUGGUCCAGGAGUCUCUGACCGGUCAUGUGGUCCGAAUGGUCAGUGCCGUUGUCUUCCCAACUUUGCUGGACUGAGGUGUGAUCAGUGUGCUGCAGGAUACUACUCAUACCCAAACUGCAGACCGUGUCAGUGUUCUCCUGAAGGCUCCCGUAAUGAGAUAUGUGAUCAGAGGACGGGUCAGUGUGUGUGUAGAGCUGGAGUGAGGGGACAGAGGUGUGAGCGCUGCUCUGCAGAAGAUCAGAGGUUCCCCUAUUGCUCUGAAGAAGAGUGUCGCUGUGAUGGUCCAGGAGUCUCUGAUCGGUCAUGUGGUCCGAAUGGUCAGUGUCGUUGUCAACCCAACUUUACUGGCUUGAGGUGUGAUCAGUGUGCUGCAGGAUACUACUCAUACCCAAACUGCAGACCUUGUCAGUGUUCUCGUGAAGGUACAUGUGACGAGUCAUGCGACCUGGUGACGGGUCAGUGUGUCUGUAGGCCUGGAAUCACUGGACAGAGGUGUGAUCGCUGCAUCGCAGGAGACCAGAGAUUCCCAUAUUGCUCUGGUAGUAAUGAGUGCCGCUGUGAUGGUCCAGGUGUCUCUGAUCGGUCAUGUGGUCCGAAUGGUCAGUGCCGUUGUCUUCCCAACUUUGCUGGACUGAGGUGUGAUCAGUGUGCUGCAGGAUACUACUCAUACCCAAACUGCAGACCGUGUCAGUGUUCUCCUGAAGGCUCCCGUAAUGAGAUAUGUGAUCAGAGGAUGGGUCAGUGUGUGUGUAGAGCUGGAGUGAGGGGACAGAGGUGUGAGCGCUGCUCUGCAGAAGAUCAGAGGUUCCCCUAUUGCUCUGAAGAAGAGUGCCGCUGUGAUGGUCCUGGAGUGGCUGACCCGUCAUGUGGUCUGAAUGGUCAGUGUCGUUGUCAACUCAACUUUGCUGGACUGAGGUGUGAUCAGUGUGCUGCUGGAUUCUACAAAUACCCAAACUGCAGAGCAUGCAAGUGUUCACCUGAAGGCUCACAAAGCGAGGUGUGUGAUCAGAGGACGGGUCAGUGUGUCUGUAUAGCUGGAGUGGCUGGACAGAGAUGUGAACGCUGUGUUUCAGAAGAUCAGAGAUUCCCCUAUUGCUCUGAGUGCCGCUGUGAUGGACCAGGAGUGAUUGAUCAGUCAUGUGGGCCGAAUAAUCAGUGUUACUGUCGUUUUAACUUUGCUGGACUGAGGUGUGAGCAGUGUGCUGAGGGAUACUACUCAUACCCAAACUGCAGAGCAUGUCAGUGCUCUCGGGAAGGCUCACUUGAAGAUCCGUGCGACAUGACAACUGGUCAGUGUGUGUGUAGGCCUGGAGUGACUGGACAGAGGUGUGACCGCUGUGUAGCAGAAGGCCUGAACUUCCCUGAUUGCAUUGGCUCAGGGAACUUGUGCAAUCCAGCAGGAUCUCAAAUCAGCGCUAAAGAUCCAACAACGGAUUCCUGUAUCUGCCUGCCACAUGUAGAGGGAUCAGAGUGUGAGCGCUGUAAACCUCUUUACUGGAACCUGACUCGUGAAAACCAGAACGGUUGUGUGGAGUGCAGCUGCGACGUCAAGGGCACUCAGAGUGGUGUGGGUGAAUGUGAGGAGGGAAAUGGUGAAUGUUUCUGUAAGCCCAACAUUUGCAACCACGCCUGCAGCAAAUGCAAGGACGGAUACUUCCUGCUCCAGAAGAAGAACUAUUUUGGUUGUGAGGGCUGUCAGUGUGAUGUAGGUGGGGCUGUGGCGAGCGGGUGUGAAGAGUCAACCGGACAGUGCAAGUGUAGAAAACACAUGCAAGGCCGCACAUGCUCAGAGCCUCAGCUGAAUUAUUAUCUACCUUCCCUGCAUCAUCUGAAAUUCGAGGUUGAGAAUGGCAUCACUCCAAACGCCAGGCAGGUGCGAUUUGGAUACGACCUGCAGGAGUUCCCAGAGUUCAGCUGGAGGGGUUAUGCUAUGCUAACACCAGCACAGCCAGAGGUGGUCUUGUUUCUUGUUGUCGGCUCCCCCGGCCCCUUCCACAUUGUAGUGCGCUAUGCUACCGCCGGCCUGCAGGGGGCGGUGCGCGGGAGACUCUUGCUGGUGGCGGGAAAAGGCUUUUACUCUCACUGUGAUUGGUCUGGAGAGAGUAAAGAGGUGGUGUUUCCACCCAGUCGCUCUCCUGCUUUCCUCACUGUACCUGGAGACGGCUUCGCCCAGCCUUUUACUCUGACUCCUAGAAAAUGGAUCAUCUGUCUGAAAGCUGAAGGCAUCCUGCUGGACUACUUGGUGCUCCUGCCCAGCGCCUACUAUGAAGCUCCGAUUCUGCAGCACCACAUUACAGAACCCUGUACCUAUCUGGCGCCAGUUGAGAGGGGCAACUGUCUCCUCUACAAGCACGUGCCGAUCGACAGCUUCCCGUCAGCUCUGGCCUCUCAGGGCCGUCUGAGUGUUCUGUCGCCCCGACGGAAACGCCUCACUCAGGCAAGACGCAACCAACGGCAGCCCACAGCCGACCAUCCUACUAUGAUGGCCAUUAGGGGCCGACAGGCACAGCUGCGUCUGACUCUGCAUGUUCCAGAGAGCGGCUCACACGUCCUGAUUCUCGAGUACGCCAGCGAGGUGAACGUCUCCCAGAAUGCAAACCUGUUCAUCGGUAGUCAACCAGAGGACGAGGUUCAAAUGAGGGCCACCAUCUACAGCUGUGCAUACAGUUUUCUCUGCCGCUCUGUGGUGGUGGAUCGACAGAAUCGCAUUGCUCAUGUUCUGCUUCCUGCCAAGGCAGAAAUUCUUCUGCAGACGUUUUCAGCCACAUUCAUGCUGUAUCGAGUGUACGCUGUUCCUUCUGCUGAUUUCACAAUGGAGCUCAUCAACCCCAAGGUUCUGUGUGUCUCAGUCCACGGACACUUCAGCGACGACAGUGAGCACUGUGUUCAGAGUCAGUUCAACACUCCCUCUACAGCCGUUGUUCUGGACACCUCCUCUGUGAUUCGUCCAACCAGAUUAACUCCUCCUUCUUCAGGACGGUGUGAUGGGCUGCUGCUCAAAUACCCACAGACUGAAGCAGAGCUGAGUACACAGUUGCCUCAGGCAGGCCGCUAUGUAUUUAUAGUUCAGUACUGUCAGCCUGAGCACACCACCUUUCCUGUGGAGGUCCUUCUGAACAUGGGAAACACAUGGACAGGCUAUCUGAACGCCUCAUUCUGUCCCGCCGUGUCCGGCUGCCGCAGUGUGGUUAUAGCAGACAGACGCAUCAUCCUGGAUGCCAAGCAGCAGACGCUGGUCAUCACACUGAAGAUCCCUAAAGGAAGAACUCUGACUCUGGAUUAUAUCCUGGCGGUUCCUGAGGAGCAGUACAGCCCUGAUCUGCUCAGAGCUAAACCACUGGAUAAAGCUUCAGACUUCAUCAGCCAGUGCGGCUCUCAGGGCUUUUACAUCCAUCCGGACAGUGCCUCUCCGUUCUGUGAGGCCUCUGCCCGCUCCGUGGUUGCCCACUACUACAAUGGUGCUCUGCCCUGUGAGUGUGAUAAAAUGGGCUCAACCAGCCCCACCUGUGAACCAAUGGGAGGCCAGUGUUCCUGCAGGCCUCACGUCAUUGGUCGGCAGUGCACACGCUGUGCCACAGGCUUCUUCGGCUUUCCGUACUGCAGACGGUGUGAGUGUGGUCAGCGUCUGUGUGACGAGGUGACGGGCGAGUGUAUCUGCCCCCCGCAGACGGUCAGGCCUGCGUGUGAGGUGUGCGUGAGACGCACCUUCAGCUAUCACCCGCUGCUCGGCUGCGAGGGCUGCGACUGCUCCCCUAUCGGGAUCACUACUGGAGACACGGGCCAGUGCCACGUCACCACCGGACAGUGCACGUGUAAACCCAGAAUCGGAGGACGGCAGUGCUCUCAGUGUGUUUCCGGGUAUUACAGCUUCCCAGAGUGUCUGAGGUGUUCGUGUAAUGCUGGAGGAGUGACCCCACAGAUAUGUGACCCCAACAGCGGACAGUGCCUCUGCAAGACUAAUGUGGAGGGUCCUCGCUGUGACACGUGCCGCAAGGGAUCGUUCCAUUUUGACCCAGCCAAUCCUAAAGGAUGCACCAAGUGUUUCUGCUUCGGAGCCACAGAGCAGUGCCGAAGCUCAGAGAAGCGCAGGGGGAAGUUUGUGGACAUGCGCUCCUGGCGUUUGAUGUCGUCUGAUCUGGAGGAGGUUCCCUCUGUGCUGAACUCUCUCAGUGACACGGUGGUGGCGGAUGUUCAGGAGCUGCCGGUGUCGGUGCGGCAGCUGCACUGGGUCCUGCCUCAGUCUUACCUGGGGGACCGGGUGUCGUCAUAUGGGGGCUACCUCACGUAUCAGAUGAAGUCUUUUGGUCUUCCUCGAGAGGGCAUGCGCCUGCUGGAUAAACAGCCUGAUGUUAUUCUGAAGGGGCAGAAAAUGACGCUGGUUUACCAAGACCCACAAUCCCCCUCUCCAGACCGCCUCUACCAGGGCCGUGUUCAACUAGUGGAGGGAAACUUUCGGCACAGCGGCACUAACAGACCUGCGUCUCGGGAGGAGUUAAUGCGAGUGCUGUCCAGGCUGGAGGCGGUCUGGAUCAGAGCACUGUACUUCAGCCAGAGUCAGAGGCUCAGCAUCGGUGAAGUAGGCAUGGAGGUGGCCAGUCCUACAGGCAGAGGGGGUCCGGCCAGCACUGUGGAGGUGUGCUCCUGCCCACCACAGUACACUGGAGACUCCUGCCAGAGAUGUUCUCGUGGGUUCUACAGAGACCGCAGUAGCCGCUGUGUGCCCUGUGUGUGUAACGGACUGUCGGAUGACUGUGAGGAGAGUACUGGGAGAUGUCUGAAUUGCCAGUACAACACUGCUGGAGACCACUGUGAGCGCUGUAAGGAGGGGUAUUACGGCAGUGCUGCUCUGAGGACUUGUAAGAUUUGCCCGUGUCCACUUCCUCAGACAAGCAACAAUUUCGCUGUUGGCUGCACUGAGCUGCUGUCUGGAAGAUUCCAGUGUCAGUGUAAAGCUGGCUACACUGGAGAACGAUGUGAAAGGUGUGCUCCUGGUUACUAUGGUGACCCCGAGGUGUUUGGGGGUAGAUGUCGUCCGUGCAACUGCAAUGGAAACUCCUGUUCACCAAAGACUGGAGCAUGCAAUAAUGGCCAGGUGCCCAAAGACAUCGACCCGGAAGUGGGAUGUCAAGAGUGCGACAACUGUGCUCAGACCUUACUAAACGAUCUGGAUCGUCUGGAGGAGGAACUGCUUCAGAUAAAGGCUGAUCUGGAUAAUAUGAAUUCCAGCUCCUCUGCUUACAUUCGUCUGAAGAAGCUGGAGGAGGCCAUUGCUGACACUAAGAAUGUGGUGACGGAUUACGGUGCAGCGGUGGACAGACUGAGCCCUAAAGUGACUGAGCUAGAACGAGACGCACUCGUGCUGACCGGCAACAUUAAACUGCUGAACGACAAGGCUGAGAACAGAUCCAAAGAUGCCCAGGCUGCUGCUGAGAAUAUCGAGAAGACCCAUGAAAAAGCUAAAGCUCUGUACAGCCAGACCCUGGAUCUACUGGCAAAAAUCAAUGAGCUGUUGAAGCUGAUGCAGAACACUGACUGGCCGAAUGGGUCUCAGCCCUCGGGGGAUGUGAAUAAACUGCUGGCGGAGGCUGAGCGCCUGGUGAAGGAGAUGCAGGGGAGAAACCUUAAACCCCAGAACGAUGCAGCUGUGAAGGAGCUGGACGAGGCACAGAAACUUCUAGAGUACGUCAAGAACAACUGCACCAAACAGUACAAUCAGAACCUGGAGUCCGCCACACGGAUCAAGGAUCAGCUGAAUAACUAUGAAGCCAAGCUGAAGGAGCUGGAGGCGGCCCUCAAAGAGGCCAGCAGCACAGUGCAGAGAGCUAACAACCAGAACGGCCUCAACAACAAGACCCUGAGCGACGUGAUGGAGAAAAUGAAGAAGUUGCAGCAGGAGAAGGACAGCGUUUCUAAGGAAAUUGUUUUAGCCAAGCAGCAGCUGAAUGCCACAGAAGACCUGCUGAAAAUGCUCAGCGACAGCAAAAAGGAAUACGAACAGCUGGCAGCACAGCUGGAUGGAGCCAAGACAGAUCUCACCAGCAAGAUAAACACCAUCUCACAGGCAGCUGCAAAGGAGGGCCUGGUGAAGAGAGCAGAGGAUCAUGCUGCCAUGCUGAGCAAACUGGCCAACGACCUUCAGCAGGCGGUGAAGAACUCGAGUGGACGCACUGAUGUACAGAACGCUCUCUCUGCUAUAGACGCGUACAGGAACAUCACAGAGGCAGUCAAAGCUGCUGAAGAGGCGGCCAGGAGAGCCAAGGAGGCAGCAGACAAAGCACUGAAUGACAUUACACAGGGUGAUGUAACCAACAGAGCAAAAGAUCUGAAAGAUGAGAGCAACCGGCUCCUCAAAGAUGCCAAGAACGCAGCAAAAGACCUGAAACAGGCCACAGAGGAUCUGACCAACCAGAAGCAGCGAUUAGACGAUGCUGAGAGGAAGAAGGAUGUGUUGAACAAGGAGCUGGCUGCUAUAAACACUGACCUGAGUGGAAUAAAGAGAGAUGAUAUUGGUAGAAUGAUUGAUGCAGCAAAGAGAACAGCAGCAGAUGCUAGCGCCUCGGCUAAUGACACUCUGGACAAACUGAACGCCAUCAAAGAUGAGAUCUCCAAGUUUAAGGCUACUCCAUCCAGCAGUAACGUUGAUGGUUUGCUCAGUGAUGUUGAUAUGACAGUGAAAAACCUGAGCACCUCCAUCCCCUCCCUGCUGGAUAAAAUUUCCCAGGUGGAGAAGCUGAGCUCCGAGAUUGACCCCAAUAACAACAUAUCCAACAACAUCAACCGCAUUAAGGACCUGAUUGAGCAAGCCCGAGCUGCUGCUAACAGGAUUAUGGUGCCCAUGAAGUUUAAUGGAGACGGCUAUGUGGAGCUGCGUGCCCCGAAGGACCUGGAUGAUCUGAGAGCCUACACAGCUCUGAGCAUCCUCCUCCAGAGACCUGAAGACUCCCGAGGAGACGAUCUCCGCAGACGCCGCCAGACCAGCCCAGGCAGGGGAAAUCUGUUCGUGCUCUACCUCGGAAACAGAGACGCAACAAAGGACUACAUUGGCAUGGCUCUGAAAAGCAACAUCCUGGUUUUCGUUUACAAGCUGAAUGGAAAGGUUUACGAGAUGGAGACGGACUCAAUCACUCCGUCAAAGGGGGUUCAGUCUUUCUUUGACAGAGUGGAUCUCCAGAGAGUAUACCAGGAUGCCAGGAUUAAACUCACAAAGGCCUUCACAUCGACCAAUCCUCCUGAACCACAAUAUUUCGAGCAAUUAGGAGAGCCUCUCCAAAACCUGCUGAACCUCGACCCCAGUGAAGUGGUGUUUUAUGUAGGCGGUUAUCCGGAUGACUUCACUCCUCCUGCUCCACUCCAGUUCCCCAAAUAUAAGGGCUGUAUUGAGUUUUCUUCUAUGAAUGAAAAGUUUAUUAGUCUUUACAACUUUAAGUCUGUGAAACCUGCGAACACCACCCUGCCUGAGCCGUGCAAGAGGUACUUUCCUCCAUCUAAUGAUUACUUUGAAGGCUCUGGUUAUAUUAAAGCCAAUUUUGGUGCCAGCGCUCUGGACAGAGUGCUGAUUUUCCAACAGACGUUUGAGUCUAAAGCUCAAAACGCUCUUCUGAUGUACAUAUCAAAUGAGACCACCUCCUACUGGAUUACGAUUGAGAGAGGACACUUUGUGAUUCGUGGCAGAGUGAAUGGCAAGUUCCUGCAGCCGAAUAUAACUGCAGGCACAUAUAAGCUGAGCGGGGAUCUGAUGGUCAUUUUUCAGAAUAAUGAACGCUACAUUUCUGUCCGCUGGAAACGAGUGGCCGUUUUACAAUUCCAAUACACUCCAGAGUCUUUUAACACCUAUUAUAUUGGAGGCAUUCCCAAGGAGUUGAGAGAGAGAGAUAACAUCAGCACGGUGCCUCUGAAGGGCUGUGUAAGUAACUUGGAGGCAGACCGCAGCAGUCCCACCAUAGUUGAGCGAGUGGGUGUGGGACGAGGCUGUUACCCAGACCUGCAGAUCAUUCGAAAGGCGGAGUUCCAUUCCGGCAGCUCUUUAAAGACCCCAGCCGGAGGUUUCGACCUGUCUGGUGAUGUGGCUCUAUCCCUGGGCUUCAGGAGCACAGACAACGACGGCGUUCUGCUGCAGAACCGACAGGCUAUCAGCAAGUUCGAGCUGACAAUGCAGAAUGGUUUUGUGAUGCUGGAUUUCUUAGGCAGUAUGUGGAAAUCCAAAAAACAGUACCAGGAUGGAGAAUGGCAUUACCUCACUGUGGUCAAAAAUGGUCAAAAUGUCGAAUUCCGAAUUGAUGAGGAUGAUGUUGGAGAGAGGGUCACAUCUUCAACCUCGAGCGCUAACUCUGAUUUAAUCGUUUUGGGCGACGACCUCUUCACAGGCUGCAUGUCCAAUCUCUACAUGAGGAGGCCUGAGUCUAUGUACAGACCAGAGGACUUCAGUAAUUUUAACGCAGAUGGAAACGUAUUCCUGGAUCUGUGUGAUGCUGCACGGCCUCCGGAAAACAUGCUGACUAAUCCCAGUCAGUCCGGCUCUCAGAAUGAGAAAAAGGACCAGAAAGAGAACAAUACCUCCAGCUGCUUCACCCCCACUCCAGUCCCACAUUCCCUCCGCCUGGCAGGAGCUUCCAGCACCCUCAGCUACACCCUCCCCACCCCUCUCUCUAACGGGUUGUCUUUUUCGUUAGACGUUAGGACGAAGUCAGCAGAGGGGCUUCUGUUAUACAUUCCAGCCAAGCAGGACAGCUACCACCUGGCUCUGUACGUCUCCAGAGGAAGAAUCCGCUUAUCUAUGGAGAAUAAAGGAGAGAUCUUUAACAGGGAAACGUACAACGAUGGAAAGUGGCACACGGUAACACUGAGUCUGGAGAAGCGCCGGUACCGUCUGGUGAUUGACGGGCUGAGGGCUCAGGAUCGAGUCCUGAAUCCUGGAGAAGUUCAGAGAGGAUCAACCCAGCUGAGCUCCAACAUUUACCUGGGCACCCCACCACCAUCCAUACAUGAAGAUCUGAAGAGGAAGAAGCUGCCAGAUCAGGCUGUGUUUGGUUGUGUUCGUGAUUUUAAAAUGAACGACUUGCCGAUGCCGGUAGCAGCAGUGAACCGUGGUGUGGGACCCUGUUUUGAGGGUCACUCAGAGAGUGGGGCGUACUUCUCACAGGGAGCUUACGUUAUUGUUGAUAACUCAUUUGUUCUGGGUCAGAGAUUUGAGCUGGUGUUUGAGUUGAGGCCCAGUAAGCAGAGUGGUCUCCUGCUGCACGUCGGAACACACAACCAUCUCACUGUGUUCAUGAGGAGAGGAGAGGUGGUGGCUCAGGUAAAUAAUGGAGGUGGAGAAUUUAGCGUUGCUGUCCAGCCGAAGCAGUCUCUGUGUGAUGGAGUGUUCCACAGAAUAGCAGUUAUCCAGCGCAACAAUGUGGUGGAGAUGCAUGUAGACACAGAGGGCAAAUACACUAUAGGCCCAACCUCCUCCUCCUCCAAUCAGGACGCACAUCCUGUAUAUGUGGGCGGAGUUCCAGAUCGCCUCAAGUUCUCCCUCCCCGUUACUGAACCCUAUGUUGGCUGUGUCCAGAACAUCAUAAUCAAUGGGGACGUGGUUAUCUUUGAGAAGCUCUCUGGUGUUUUCGGUCCUGUAAACCUCAGAGAAUGUCCAGUUAACCUGAGGCGGCCUCGGCCCAGCCGUAGAGUGAAGUCGGUUCCACUGAAGUAGGAGAACUGUGCGAGAAUCUAUUCCAGAAUCUAUCAGUAAUGGUAGAAUUGAAGAUCAGUGUUUACUAGUUCAUCUGCUUCUUUUAAUCUUAUCUUUCUCUGCCAUAUCUGUAGUAGCAUGCGGAACAAUAUCACAAAGGAUGUGUAUGUAUCUACAGGUGUUGGACAAUGAAACUGAAACACCUGUCAUUUUAGUGUGGGAGGUUUCAUGGCUAAAUUGCAGCAGCCUGGUGGCCAAUCUUCAUUAAUUGCACAUUAUUGCACCAGUAAGAGCAGAGUGUGAAGGUUCAAUUAGCAGGGUAAAUAUUGCAAUGCACACAACAUUAUGGGUGACAUACCAGAGGUCAAAAGAGGACAAAUUGUUGGUGCACGUCUUGCCGGCGCAUCUGUGACCAAGACAGCAAGUCUUUGUGAUGUAUCAAGAGCCACAGUAUCCAGGGUAAUGUCAGCAUACCACCAAGAAGUACCAACCACAUCCAACAGGAUUAACUAUGGAUGCAAGAGGAAGCUGUUUGAAAGGGAUGUUCGGGUGCUAACCCGGAUUGUAUCCAAAAAACAUAAAACCACGGCUAAACAAAUCAUGGCAGAAUUCAAUGUGGACCUCAACUCUCCUGUUUCCACCAGAACUGUCCGUCACCACAAUAAAUUAUUGUGAUCUAAAAACAGGUGUUUCAGUUUCAUUGUCCAAACCCUGUUUAUAUAAAUAUAUAUAUAUACACAUACAUACAUCAUACAAGGCAUUACCACCCAGAGUAAACAGUGCAGUGGGUGGUAAUGAUCAUGACUGGUGGCUUCUGGCUAGAAUUGUCCAUGUGGGCAGACAAGCCACUCCUACAGGGGAACCCACAUGCAAAUCCCACAGGUCACUACAGCAUUCAUUAGCUUUUAUGGAACACACUGUACAUACAGUAUAUGGCAGAGGUGGAUCAUGCAACAUGACAAUGACCUAAACUACUGCAGUAACGUAUUUAACUAAUUGCAGGAAAAAAUAUUAAAAUCUAUGUUUUAUACAGAUAUGGCAAACACAGAUUAGGUAAAAAAAAAAAUUAGAAGUUCUAUGUUCUAUCUAUGUUCUAUGUUCGAAUGAGGUCCACUAUAAUUGGGAAACAGUCUUGACAUGGUUUCUCAUAGUGAGUUCACUGAAGAAAAUAUUAUGAAACUGUAAGAUAUUAAUUCUCUAGCUAUAUGUUUUUAAAUAUUUUAAAUAAAGCCUAUUUUUAACACUGUUUAACAGGAUGAACCUGUGUACUGUACUGUAUAUCAAUGUAGCAUCUUUGACCAUUAUAAUGUUUACCACUGGAGUUACGUGUCACAAGCUGUAUUAUAUUUUGUGAAAAGACUUGUAUAAUGAGAUAAUGGACCAUUUUUUUUAAAUAUUACUAGUGAUUCCUGUAAAGUUUGCACUUGAUUAAAAAAACCUUUUUUUCCCUUA